AUGACCCGCCCAACUCAUCCCUAUGCAUUUGACAAUAGCGGCCCCGGAAUUAUCGGCAACUUUAAGAAGGGUUUGGGUUUGAAUCAUUUGAAAACGUCCAAAGUCCCUCUGCAUCAGUCUGAUUCUGAGCCUUCAGACAGUAGCUCAUAUUCAGAUGGCGACACAUCGUCUGGUACCUCAUAUUCAGAUGGCGACACAUCGUCUGGUACCUCAAAUUCAGAUCUUCAAAGUCCAAAGAAUCUGGACAGUAGCAGUUCGGAUGCAUCUGACGACUCUAACGCAUCAAGCGAUUCUGAACGCUCACUGGUUGAUGUCAAUUUUGAGUUCUUUGAUAUUGAGCCUGCAGACGGCCAGUAUCUUCUGAAUAUGAUCAGCGAUCUUCUUGCUCCGCUAUCUAUUUCGGCGAAGGAAAUUUCUCGAUUGGUAGAUACACUUGUCUCAAAUGAGAGAGAAUUUACUGGAUCAACCAUCAAGCUGGUUUCUCACUCUGAUGCGGAGGAUUCGGAUGCUAGUUCUAGUCCCAAGCAGGAAUACAAUGCACCUAUUGCCUUCAUCGGGACAGCUCAAGCCUUGCCAGAAACUUUAAAAAGGCACUGCAAAUCUGCUCGACUCGUACUAAAGUGCCAUUCUAUCCUAAAUUUCCCCCCAUCGCUGACACCGUCUCUUUUGGAGCUAUUUUCAAAAGAAAACAAAAGAUUUCCACAUCCAUUUUGCCUGGUGGUGAAGACCGCUUCUACCGCUUCGUCAGGAAAAUCCAAUAAGAAAUCCAAAACAUGGGAAUGUAUAUAUCCUGAUGAUGAAAUUCUAUCUGAACUAGCAGUGGAGAGGUAUGACCUGCCCACUGCUUGUGAAGAGGGGCGACCGCUUGUUGCAGAUGUCUUCGGCCUCGUUCUCGAAAUUUUGGAACCACCCAGCAGGUUAGUUGUGGCAGGUGGCUGUAACGUUCGUAGGACCGAAAACGAUAUUCUUCUGGGCGCCUCUCUUCAAAUGGGUUUGCCUGCAUCACAACUUUCGCUCUAUCAGUCCUCAUCACUUUCAUUAACUGGAUUUAUUUGGGCAAGGUAUUCCACGCAAAUCACCCCUGUCAACAUGAGCUUGUUUGUUGUAAAUUUCUUUCUGGGUUGCACUGGUCUUGUGCAGGCGACUAGGAUUUGUUUGUAUGGAUUUAUAGAAACUAAACGUAGAUACAAAUACUCGCAACAAGAGGCCGAUGAGUCUGGAACCAAAUCGAUAGAAUAA